AUGUUAUCAAAAUGCUUGACAAACAUCAAAGACGAAAAGACAAAGUCUUUGUUAAAUAAGGCUCUCUCAAGUUUAGUUGAUAUUUCUAUAAUUGAUAGCUUAUUUGACAAAUUAAAGGAGUCAGAGAAGAACUGGAGAUGUCUCCAUGAUAUCAUUGAGAUUAUCAUCACAAUUGGAAUGAAUAACAAAGAGAAGUUCAAAGAAGGUAAUUAUCUAUUAAAAUUGAUCGGUUUCUGCAUCGAAUCAUUGAUAAGAGUUAAAUCUUCUGCUUAUUUCCAGAAUGCAAACUUCAGAAAUGUUUGCGAGAUGUUCUCAAACAACAAAGAUUUAUUGAAUGAUGAGAUCAUUAACAUUAUUGUUGAAGGCGCAUGUUACAUCAUGCAGAGUACAGAACAUUCAACACAAUUCAUGCAAUUAGUUCUGGAAUAUAACAAUAAUUUAGCAAUAAAAAUUGCCGAAAACGUUGUAAACGGAACUCCAGGACCAUCAUCGAGAAUGUUGCCAACAACAUUCAGUGCAUUGAUUAAAUAUGCACCAAAAGAAAUCGAUCAAUUCUCGAAAUUUUACAUGGGAACAACAAGAGUUAAUUUUGAAAAUAUUUUGACUCAAAAUUUCACGAAAGUAACUCCAGAAGUUGGUGAACAUCUUCGUAAGUAUGGUCUUGAAUUUAUGUACAGACUUUUAACAGAUAAUUCAUUUGAAAUCAGAAGAUCGGCAGAGAUCUGCUUAAUUGAAUCUUUUGAAUCGUUUGGAAUAAAAGGAAUACUUACAGAGUUUUAUCUCACCGAACCAAAGAAUGCCGGUUAUAAGAGAUACUUGUUCUGUGAUGAUAGAGUGAAAUACCCAGAAGAAAUAAACAAAUUCUUUAAUUAUAUCAAAGAAAAACUCAUUUAUAUCAGAGAUAAUACAGAAAAAUAUUUCUCCCAAAUACCAAAAGAUAAGGAAAUGAUGUUACUUUCAUUGAUAAGAGCUUACGCAUACUUAUCACAUAAAUGCAACAAACAUGACAAAGAAAACAUUGAAUUCUUGAUUGAACUAAUGAAUUCCAUUUCCAAACUCAAGAUAAUGAAUGAUCUUUAUAUUAUUGAGUUCUACAAGAUAAUCAAUCUUAAUGAAUUUAAGAAUGACGAAGACUGGGCAAAAACUAAGUUACCUAUCUUAGCUAAACCAAUCUUAGAAGUUCCUGCGAAACUAGAAAUAACAUUAGCAAGAACUGUCCAUUUCUUGGCCUGCUACUAUUAUUUGCUUGAUGAAGAAUUCUUGGAGAAUUUCUUAAAUAAUGAUCUCAUUAAGAAAUCAAUUUAUGAAAUGGCUGAUAAAGAAGACAAUCAAAUAUUUUAUAUCUUGAAAGCCUUUGCACUCAGAUUCAAAGAUAUGAUUGCAAAAUACGUUGAACCAAUCAAGGAUAAGUUGUAUUCAAAGUUAGAAUAUGGCAAAAUGAAUUUGCAUAAAAUUUGCGGAUUUGAAAUUCCUUUGGAAGUGUUUAUGAACGCAUUGAAGUGCGAUCUCAAUCAAUGCUUCAAGAAAGGAGACAUGGAUUUCAAUUCUAUUGACAUGAAUGUUCCUCCAAAUGUUGAUCAAUACAUUGAUGAUGAUUUUUGCAAUAAAUUCAAUACAAUUUGCCAAAAGAAUAUUGUUGAAAGCCUCAAUCUUGAGAAUAGGGAUAAUCAACCAUUAUUAUUCAUUUGCUAUUGCAAUCAGAUACCAAAAUUAGCCAAAAUUAUCGAUGAAAAAAUAAAGAUCAUUGAGAAUUCUUCAAAAUUGAGGAAUAAAGUAUUGAUUCUUCUAAUCAAAGGAAUCGAACUCAGAUUCACAGGAACACCAGAAGACAGAGUUGAUGUCGGAAUGGAAGUUUUAGAUCUCUUACUUUCAACUGAUGGAAGACAUUCCGAUUUCAACAAGCUGAUAUUUGUUGCCAAUGGAUUUCUAUGUAAAGAUGGUACUGUAAUUCACUAUUCAUGGAUGACUACAUUCCUUUCUUUGAUAACUGCCAAAGCCGAUACAAAUGUGAAUAUCUCUGGUAUUCUCCAAAAUAUGGUAUUUGAUUUAACAAAUGAUGAUGUUGUUGCUCUAGCAACCGCAAUUUUGGAGUCAAAUCCAGAUAAAUACUCUAUUGCAAUGAUACUACUGUGCAAAGAAAUGUAUAACAGAUUUCAAUUAAUUGUUGAUACUAUUGGAGCUGAUAUACACAAAAUGCAUUCCAAAUUUGAAACCAUCAAAUAA